CGUGGGUAGAAAGGGACUGUCGAGGCUGAGCGGUGAUUCAUACUUUUUCCUGCAUUUAUCGGGUGAUCAUGCCGUGCGUGUUCCUUGUCCUGCUUGCUUCGCACUUGCUUUCCUUCUCUGCUUUUGAUGGGUGUCGAGCCUCCGCGAACUCAGCCCAAGGAAAUCACACACACGCACAAUAAACGGGGUCUCACAGCUUUCGCGGGCUCCGUGGCAGAUCUAGUGGUGCACGUUAUCUUUUCAAAGGGUCCACUGUAUGUUCAUGAGUGACAGUACAUUCUGUCUUGUCAAGCCGCGAACGUUUUGGUGACCUUCAGGCGAGAAUAGGCACCACUUUCGCCUGUUUCAAGACAGCAGUUCGACGUAUCUCCAACUACCCAUUGCCUCAUCGGCACAUAGUUGACAUUAAAUGUCACAUCAAGCCAGUGGACGACCUGUUGGGAUCCGUCCUUUAUUCUCUUGUUAGCGAGUCUGUUUCCCGUCUCAAACAGAUUCCAAGAGAUCAGAGAGACAAGAAGAGCAGCGCACGUUGUUAACCGUCGCGCCCUCGUUCUUUUGAGUGUCGACGACUUAGUGAUUACGUGGUCGGAAUCUGUGUUGACGGCCGCGUUCUCUGCUCACUCGUUCCCACAUUGAUGGGAAUUCACUAAAGCUGAGCUCAGCCGACGGGCAAGCUCCGUGGGAUUCCGACAAGCGCGGUAGCCAUUUCCCACUUGAAUCCGCGCCUCCGAAGAUAAGAGGGUUCUUCAACGUCUCGUCGCCUUUUUGCGCCACCGCAGUUCUACGACAAUGCGCUCAAAACACUGCAACAGCAUUCUGAUUCGCUUCUACUGCAGUUUCUUGUUGGUCCUUCGACACUUUCGGUGAAAGUCUACACGCGGCUGUGCCUCAUAGGGGACAGACUUCCCCCACGGUCGUCAGCAUCUGUUUUCCCUUUCGGAUUCGGGACUUUUCUUACGUGAAUACACCAUGACAGCUUUCAUCCUAAUGACCGCCAUGUCUGGUAGAGCUGCCGGUGGCGGAGGCAGCUGCUAUCCGACUACUGGAGUUCCGAGUAUCUUCGAUGCCUGCCGAACGAAGCUCGAGGCUCCAAAUGACAAAUUUGUGAAUACACCUCCUCCUCAAGAGGGCCCCUUGUACCUUCGCAUGCUGUGCUUGUCCGGUACAGACCUCGCACCUGGAGACACUUCGGGCUCAUCGGACCCGUACCUCGAUGUUCGGUUUGGCGGCCAAGUUUUCUGCUCUCCCCCCCAGACGGCCACGCUCAACCCUGUGUGGGAUUAUCUGGUUGAGACAGAAGUUAAAGAGCCUGGAGUCAUGAGGAUAACCAUUUACGACCAAGACUGGGGCUGUCAAGGGGAUAAACUCGGUGAUUGUGAAAUUCAGAUCCCCAAGACACCCAUGAAGAUCAAGAAGGAAACUAUACGCCUGCGGCAUGUCCUCUCACCAUUCCUCAAAAAAGCUCCAAAUAGCCGCAUCAAUGUGCUGUACCACAUUGUGGACAGCACGAUCGAGGAUCUUAUUCAAAACCGUCUUAAGCUAGAAUGGAUCCUUAGAAAAGGAAAUGAAGACGAUCUGGACGCAGCUAAAUCGCUCUAUCUCCAACGACACACCAGAGACGAGAACAGUGUGCCCGUGACGAGUGUGAGAGUGAAUAUCCAAGAUCCUAUUGCCGAGGCAGUAGCCGAGGAGAGAAAACAAGUAGCGAAUCUAUCUCAUGGGACGGGGAAUGAGGAUAAAAAGCAAGAGGGCCAGGACGGCGAAGUAGAGGGGGAGAGACUUGCACAGGCGCGCCAUAGUUCUGCGGCCGAAGUGGCCGCGCCGACUGCGGAGGCGAGAGACAAUUCAGACCUGAAAACUCAGAACGCGAAAAGCAAGAAUAAGGCAAGCAAGGAGAAGCAGACAGAAGCACCGUUUCACGGGGUGCCCAUCGACAAGGAGAAAACUCCACAGCGUUCAAACAACAGCAAAUAUGAGGACGAGCUGACUCUUCGACGGAGAGACAAGAAGGAGAGGCGCCGAGCACACACGGGUCAACCGGAGUCACAGUUUCUUCCAUUUGGAGCGUGGGAGUUCCCUCUCGACGAGAUCCGUGAUUUCUGCGUCGAGGCCAAAGUAUGCGCAUGGGCUGCUAGGGCGAUACUUCUCAGUGCCUCCGGAAUGGGAGUUGGUGAGGUCCUCUUACACGUCGACAUCUUUACAGCGAAGGAAACACCAAGAGAGCUCGUCGAUCUUUAUCACUUCCCCCCUCCUGUACAACGCGGCCUAGCUGUGCGGCCGCCGAAUCUUCAAAAGAAGAAACUCGAGCCAUCAACAUUGCGGGCGAGAGAUAGCACGGCGCAAGCCCAGGAAGCAGCCCAGGAGAAUGAGGCUGCUCCUACGACAGAAGAGGAAAAAAGCAAACAGCGAGCGCAUGCGCCCGUGCGAAGACCGAAAGACAGAGAUGGCACCUACUACGUCUACAUCUACGGCGACUUUUUCCCAAAGACAGACAAAAACUACAAUAGGUGCCAGUGGGAUAAUUCCGACCCCUUCGUCGUCGUGUCUUCUCCAAACUGUACAGACAAGACGAAUUCAUGGAGUACGACGGUCAAAAGCAACCGACAGAGAGAGUGCGUUUGGGAUCCUGUGCCCAUUCGAAUGCCUAAGAACUCGCGCAAGCAGAAGCUUGUCCUGGACGUGUACGAUUCGGAUUCACCUCUUCUAUUUGGAAACAGUUUGCUGAAAGAGCAAGUGGGCAGUCUACGCUUACUCCGCGCAAAUCUGGGACGCACCACGUGGCUGCACAUGUAUGGCGGCAGUUUUGAGGGAGCCCGAGGCGAAUUCAACUCCAUGAUGUUGAAGGGAGGCCUGGAUCCACCAUCAACGUACCAUGGCUCUCUGUGUGUCCUCGUGGACAACAAGAGAAUGAGGAGGCAAGACUGGCCUCCCUUCCCUGACAAAGUCGGCCUUCCAGUUCGCAUCGAAGUCCAGCUUGCCAGAGGUCUCUACUUGCCCGGCAUGUACAGACAGAGAGAAGUGAGCCUCCUGGUUCAGGUGGCGGGGUGUCUCCUUGAGCUGCCAGACGACGCAGACACAGAAAAACGGAAAAGAGUUGGAUUUCUCGGGCUCCAGACCACGCAAAGGCGCACGCUCACACGCGAUCUAGAGGGGUUACGGAGCAGCCGGGACAUGAAUGACAUCCCCGACGCCAAUUUCGAUCUCCUAGAGUUCCCAGGAUACGUCAAUUCCCGCGGGAUCCUCCGCCUCUACAACUGGAGCAAGCCACGCGGUGAAAUGGAAGGCCGCUCAGUCGAGGCGUACCAAAGAGCGGGUGCAGGCGACAGUGGCUAUGCAGAAAGAAAUGCCGCAAGAGACUCAUUAACGGGAGGGGAUCCUUGCCCUCAGCACGGUUCAUGUCCCUCUCGAUUGGAGAACGAUAUCGACUACCCCGAAUCACUCCUGAAUGCUUGGGUGAAGCGCAUUUCCGAACCUGUCUAUCUCCUUCCAAAGGUCCAGUGGGUCUACCUCUACAUCGUCGCGGUGGGAGAGGAAGAUAUUCCGCCUCGACUUUUUUGUCGCCUCCCUCUACAAGGCUCUGGAAGGGUCAAACGCUUUCUCGAGGGCACAUUCCGCACGUCGGCAGACGAUAAAAGCUGGCCUCCCCCCCAAGCGCUUCUGAAGGCCAAGGAAAGAGGUAUGACAAGAGCCAGCUUUGACAACGACGAUGUCAGCCCGGCCGUGGACGCACCCGCAGGACGCGACCCAGCGGGGGAACCCGCCCCUCCUCAUCCUGCGGUUCUCCUUAGCGAAAGGGGACCAGGCUUUCUAGGACGCGAAAGCAGCACAUUCCGCGAUUCUGGAAGCCUGGCAUCUCAAGCAAAGAUCCCCGAAAAAAUGAAAUGGGCGCAGAUUCAUUGGGACCAAUCAGUCACCCCCCUUCCGCCAUCUUGGUUUCCAUCGACGUUCGCUGGAUGCCUUCUAGGCCAGGCUCGCGCGAUUAUCACUGACGACCCAGCACGGUUUGCCUCUCUAGGCGAGCCCUCCGCGAGUUCGGUACCUGAGCCACCCAUAGGACCGACUUUGAGAGAAAGCGCGCAGCGCGAAAUCUUCCGGCCCUAGAUCCCGAUGCGUCCGUUAACCCGUGGUGGACAAUCGAAGUUGAGACUGAG